AUGGCUUUCUGGAGAGAAGUCGGCCAGCAAUUGCGCCGUGUACCCAAGACCGCGGCGGGUGAUAUCUGUUUGACUCAAUCGCGGAGAUGCCUGAGCUACUCAAGGUCAUGGAGGAACACCGGAAUCACAACACAGCCUCGCUCGAAUAUCAACGCACAGAAAAGCCUUCAAUCAUCCUUCCAAGGAUAUAACACAGCCCGACGUGCGUUCUCGGUGACUGCGCAAGCUGCACAUGGUCACAUCACGCCGCCGAAGGCCGGAGAAGAGAUCAAUCUGACUUUCAUCGACAAGGAUGGCACCAGAAUCGAUCUCCAGGUCUCCGAGGGCGAUAACCUACUAGACAUUGCACAGGCAAAUGAUCUUGAGAUGGAAGGUGCAUGUGGAGGAUCGUGUGCUUGCUCAACGUGCCAUGUGAUUGUGGAGGACCCGGACACCUUCGAUAAAAUGGAAGAGCCUUCGGACGACGAGAACGACAUGUUGGAUCUGGCUUUUGGCCUCACCGAGACCUCCCGGUUGGGAUGCCAGGUGAUCAUGACCAAGGAUCUUGACGGAAUGGUCGUGCGGUUGCCGUCCAUGACGCGGAACCUCCAAGCAAGCGACUUCGAGGCAAAAUAA